CCGCAACUGGUUCAACGUGCCCAAGAUGUCGCGCCUCCUGCUCGCUCUGGCGACGGCCGUCGGCCUCGCAACCGCUCAAGUCCCGAUCCCGGCGUCGCCGCCCGGCUUUACGUACGCCCAAGGCAGCGCCGACGCGCAUAUCCAGCUCGACAUGUUCAUCGACCUGCUCUGCCCCGACAGCAAGGCCGCGUAUCCGGCACUGCAACAAGUGGCGGCCAACCUCUCGUCGAGCGCGUUCCGCCUGCGCUUCCAUCAGUUCCCGUUGCCGUACCACCACAACGCCUACUCGUUUGCGCAGGCGAGCCGCACGAUCGCCCACGCACUCGGCGACGACACCUUUACGCGCUGGAUGGAGGCCGUCUAUGCCAACCAAGACGCGUACUGGAACAAGGCCACGGAGACGCUCGGCCAAAAGCAAGUGACGGCCCAAAUCGGUGCCCUAGCCAAGAAGACGUUCCCGGAGCUCACGGAUACGCAGUGGGCCGAGGGCAUGACCGGCCACGGCGGCACGCAAAUGGACGUGGACACGCGCACGGAGUGGAAGUAUGCGUGCACACGUGGCAUCUCGGGCACGCCCAUGUACCUGCUGAACGAAGUGCCAUUUGACGCCGAUGCGUCAUGGACGUACGACGACUGGAUGAAGGCGCUGGCGCCGCUCUUGUCGGGGGCCGAGACGAUCAAGAACGACGCCAACGUGCGCAGCGUCGGAGUGCCCCACGACGCGGCUGUCGACCCGCACCACGGCUACGAGUUUCUCGCGUACAUGGGCGUCGGGACCGUGCUCGGCGUCGGAGUGCUCUUGGCCGCCCAGCGCUACGAUGCGGGGUACCAAACGUUGAGAUGAGAUCUGAGAGUCGUCGUUUUUAAGUCCACACUCCAACAUGUCACCGGGAUGCUUUGAGAGCUCCGUGGACGCUGCCGCUGUCUGGCGCCAGAUUCGAUCCGGGCUCAUCCCAUGCAC